UUGGCUGUUAGACACGAUAUCUGGAAAUUACUCUCCUCUAAUUCUAUCAUGGUAAAAGCAGUGUGAAUUUACCACGAGCGUGCGGCUGAAAGUGGGUUGGGGGCUGUCCAACGCUUUUAGGAAACGACCGAAAGAAACAGAAGAGGGGAAAACUGUGAGUUUAAUCAAACAGGCUACGUUAGAUCUCAGCAUUUCCAAAAGAGGUUGGUACUGAGGCGUCUCAGACUCGAUAGCUGUCGCGGAGAAUGAAGAGCAGUUCUAAACGGAAAGAAGAAGUUAAUCUCGCCAAUGGGGGAGUUAAACAGUCUGCGUGGAGUAAAGCGUUCAAGAGCAAUGCGCAGUGGGAAGAAAAGGAUGAAUUUUUAGAUGUUAUAUACUGGUUUCGGCAAAUCAUCGCUGUUGUCUUGGGAAUGAUCUGGGGAAUCGCACCUCUUAAAGGAUUUCUGGGAAUAGCCAUAUUUUGCAUUGUCAACGCUGGCCUCCUCUACGUGUACUUCAGUGGCUUCCAGCAGGUGGAUGAGGAGGAAUACGGGGGAACGUGGGAGUUAACCAAAGAGGGCUUCAUGACAUCCUUCGCUUUAUUCCUGGUUGUUUGGAUAAUAUUUUACACAGCUCUGCACUACGACUGAAACUUUUUGGAAGAAAGGAUUUUAUUUGAGAGAAUAUGACACACUUUAUUGGAAGAAAUAAGUUUUGGACUUUGAAGUUGAAGAUGUUUUUUCCUAGCAUCAGCACCCAUCUUUCAGAAUCAUUAGAGAAAGUGCAUUAAGCAUAAUCAACUAGUGAUCUCCAGCUGGGAUUGUGUCUUUUUUAAAAUGAAACUGUACACCCUAUGCAUCAACACUGACUGCCAUGGAUUUCACAUUUACCUUUUAAACAUUAUUAUAUGAAACGGCAAAAACUGCAGUUUUAUUUCAUACUUUUUUGUCGUGUUUCUCCAGUA